CUGUUCUGGAUACGGGUUGGCAGUUGCUGGAAUAUGUUGUGGUACAUCGUUGCCUAAGAAACGCGAGGAAUCUUUGGUUCGAGGGUGAAGAAACAGUAGUAGUGAAGUAGCUAUGGCGUCGCGAGGUCCGUUGACGGAAGAGGAGCGAUCCGAACUGCAAGAACAAUUUACUGCCAUCGACAAAAAUGGAGAUGGUUUCAUUGAUUUGUCAGAGUUACGAGAAGCCCUGGAGGUUUGCGGAUUCAAAAUUCCUGGAUGGGAAGUUCGGAAAAUAAUAGCAGAAUUUAACAGCCGUGGUUCUAACCAUUCUGGCCGCCUCUCCUUUGAUGAAUUUGAGAAGCUCUGUUUAGAUCUAAAAUCAAAUGAAGUUGGAAACACAUUUAAGAAAGUUGUGUCGAAAAAAGAGAAUUUAGAAACACUUGGAGGAAUGUCAGAUGCAUCUAGUGAAGGUACAACACAUUCAGUGAGGUUGGAGGAGCAACUGGCAUUUUCUGAUUGGAUCAACACAAAUCUGAGGCUUGAUCCUGAUCUGAAGCACUUACUACCAAUUGACUCAGAGGGCAAGACACUUUAUGAGAAAGUGAAAGAUGGUAUUUUGUUAUGUAAGAUAAUAAACCACUCUUGUCCUGAUACCAUUGAUGAAAGAGCCAUAAAUAAGAAGAACCUGACUUUGUACACAAAGCAUGAAAACUUAACUCUAGCGUUAGUAUCGUCCCAAGCUAUUGGUUGCAAUAUAGUAAACAUUGAUGCACAUGACCUUGCUAAAGGAAAACCUCAUCUGGUCCUUGGUCUUUUGUGGCAGAUUAUAAGGAUUGGAUUGUUCAACCAGAUAACUUUGGAGAACUGCCCAGGUUUGACAUCUUUAUUGUCUGAUGGGGAGCACAUAGAGGAUCUAAUGAAAUUAUCGCCUGAAGCUAUCUUGCUAAGAUGGGUGAACCAUCACCUUGAAAGGGCUGGAGUAGCCAGGAGGUGUGGCAACUUCCAGGGAGAUAUUGUAGAUUCAGAAAUUUAUACAUACCUGCUGAAGCAGAUUGCACCACCAGAAAGUGGUGUGACAAUGGAAGCAUUAAUGGAGCCAGAUCUUCUGCGACGUGCAGAAAUAAUGCUCCAGCAAGCCGGGAAACUGGGUUGUCGUAGUUUUGUCACUCCAAGUGAUGUGACUAAUGGAAUUUACAAACUUAAUCUUGCUUUUGUUGCCAACUUGUUCAAUAACCAUCCCGGUCUUGAUCGCCCUGAAGGUGAAAUUGAAGGAUUAGAGAAUAUUGAAGAAACCAGGGAAGAGAAAA